CCUCUGCCGCCUGGUUCCCACCCCUCUAUCUGCAGGACCCCGAACCGUAAUGAUACUGCAACAACCCCUGGAGCGAGGCCCCCCAAGUCGGGACCCACGGGCCACCGCUGGGGCGACUCGUGGCCUGGAUGCCAGGGAAGGCCUGCACAAGCACUUCCUGUCUGAGAACAUGGCCACCCACUUCUCCAGACUCAGCCUGCACAAUGACCACCCCUACUGCAGUCCCCCUGUGGCUUUUCCCCAGGCCCUGCCUCCGCUCAGGACCUCUUGCCCAGAGCUGCUUCUCUGGCGCUAUCCUGGAAGCCUGAUCCCUGAGGCCCUCAGGCUGCUGAGGCUGGGCGAUACCCCAAGUCCCUACUACCCAGCAUCCCCCUCUGGGGACAUCAUGGAGCUCUGAGUGCUGAUGGCCAGUGGUCCUUCCUUCUCCUCCUCACCUUGUUCCUGACAACAAAGACCAGCAACCCCAAGAGAAGGAUGAGGUCCUUCUCCAAACCAGGUGCCUGGGCACCAACCAGGACCUUCCCCUGACAGGAUACUGAGCUCAGUGGAACCCUCAAUGGGAGGGUUAGCAGCCUGGGGAAAGGAAAGUAUCACCCCAUUAGUCAAUAAAGAUUUGUGAGCAGUUGAAA